GUGGACCUGCACCUGGGGAAUGUCCCUCGGAUACUUCAUUCUGCAAGUCAAUCUGAGCUGCGCACCGCGUACCGGUACAUUCAUCGGUUGAUCUCGACCGCCAUGCUCGCUCCGGGCUCGGGAAACGUCAGUCUGAGAACUGUCAGCUCAAGCAGGCCACAGCUCUUUCUUUCGCAGGACCAGCAGUCCGUCGCCGCCUCGGACGACUACUACUCCUUCCCAAGCCAGUCCUCCAGUGCGAGAUCCCGAGAGAGUGGCAGCCGCAUCACCAUCGCGCGGUAUGCGACUCCGAACUCGCACCCUGCGUCGCCGACUCCGUCCCCUGGCAUCUCGCGCACGCAUCUCGCCCCGCCGGUGGCUGGCCGAUCGGAACAUUCUCUGGUCACCUCGAGCGAGAAUCGGAAUUUCACCACUCCUGUCUCCCACACCAUCCGGACCGUGCAAGAGACCGACGACGACGACUUAGCCAGCCCCAUGUCCGAUACCACCAGUCGUCAAGGCCCCCGUGACAGCUAUGCGGGACGCCCAACAACUCCGGGGAUGGAUGAUUCGCCGUACAUUCAUUUCGCCAUCAGUCAGCUCACACGCGAUGAGGAGGUCGCGGGUCCGAGGAGGCGAAGCUCCGUCGUCAGCAAUGACAGUCCCUUGGAGCCACUGCUUUGGGACGAAGAAUUGGGAUGCUUCAUUCGCUCCCCGGGAUCGCCGGCAGGGCCAUCGGGACAGCAGCGGGAUCAGACGCAUCCGCGGAAUCUUUCGAUAACCUCGAUAGACAGGCCGCCCCAGAACUCGGUAGACCCAGAGUCGUUUGUCGCGGUGGAACCCCCGGCAGACAGUCUGCUGUACCCGCCGUUAGACUUCGUGCCGGUUGUGCUGCGAACAUGGGCACUGGCUGCGUUUAUCGUAUGCUGCUUGCUUAUGAUCGCUGGGAUUUCGUUCUGCAACGUUUGGUCACAGCGACACCAGGGGAUCUGGGAUUAUACUGGACUCGGGGGUUCGCACUAUUUUGUGAUGCAGUUUCUUCCCCAGAUUCUGGGUGUGGUCAUCACUCUUUGGACCUUUGUCAUUCAAGCAGCCGUGUACCGGAUCAUGCCGUUCUGCAUCAUGGCGUCAGAACGGCCUUUCGACCACGUUAUGCAGGGCUUGCCCAUUCUAUCGCGAAACUUCCUUGCGCCAGAUCUCUCCCAUUUCCGGCACGGAGAAACCAUUGUUGGAUUCUCGCUAUUUACCAUCUGGCUCUCGAACCUGAUUACACUACCCCUGUUGAGCUGUCUUUUCCAGGCAAAAUGGUACUUGAUAGAUGGCCAGGGGACAUGGCGGUGGUCUUCCGUCCAGGCGGUUGGCUGGACGCUUGUGGCUAUAUACGCGCUUUUGACCAUUGGACUGCUCUUGCUCAUGUUCCGGUUUGUACGUACCUGGUCGGGGUUGAUGUGGGAUCCCGUGAGCCUGGCGGACCUGGUUUCGGUUAUUCAGCGGUCGAACAUCCUGCACGACUUUGAGCAGUCGGAGACUUUGCCCGAAGUGGCGGAGUCUCUCGACCCGCGAGUCCUUCGGCUGGGAUACUGGCAGCUCUCCAACCGAGCAGACAUUUUCUACGGCAUUGGUGAAGCUGAGGCACCGGUCCGGACACCGUCUCUGCAUCGCCGGGAAAAGAAUCUUCAAAUGCAGUCGCACGGCCUGUCAAGAGUGUCAUUCGACGUUGAACAGCACAACCUUGCAGAAAAGGAAGAGUACUAUCAACACUUGUACUCGCCGGGUAUUAGAUACCGCUGGAUCCCAUGGUUCCUAAGGGACGGCUGGGUGGUGGUAUGGACGGUCAUUGUUAGUGCCCUGUUUAUCGCGUUUGUGCUGGUCAGCUUCCUUCAUGACGCGAUCAAAGGCGGAUUUCCUCCACGUCUUCCAACCCUGCCCUCGACAGGGGCCUUCUCUUCGUCCAACUUCUGCUACAGUUUUGUUCCGGCCUUGAUUGGAAAUUUCCUGUUCCUCGCGUGGCAGCCAAUUGACGUCUAUUUCCGUGCGCUGCAGCCCUUCGCAGCCUUGGCUGCCACGGACGGCGCUAGAGCGGAGCACAGUCUGCUAUUGUCGUAUCCGUCCUGUCUUCCUUUCCAGGUGACCAUCCUGGCAGUCCUGAACAAGCAUUACAAAGUGGCCUGGAUCUCGCUGAUGAGCACCGUGUCCGCCGCGCUUCCCAUUCUAGCCGGAGGCGUGUUCAUUGCUCUGUACCAUCAAUCCGACGACGCCAUCCGGAUCUCGGCGCUGAUGCCUGCUUUCUAUGCCAUCGUGGCUUUUUGCGCGCUAUACACAGUGUCCUUCCUGUGCAUCUGGCCUCGCCGCUGCCGUCAUUUUCCCCACGACAUCAGCACCCUGGCCGAUCAGAUGAGCUUCCUCUACCAGAGUCCACUACUCGCCGACAAAAUCCUGCGGGAGCCAAGGAGCAAGACUGAUCUCGUUACACGACUGGUCGUCGCACCCCCCGGGGACCGCGAGCAUUCCAUGUACGGCUUCGGGAUCUACGUCGGGCGAGAUGGAAAAGAGCACCUCGGCAUUGAUCGAUUCGACCGACCCGGCCGGGCCGAUAUGCUGAUCACCACGGGGUCGAUGAAGUAGCGACGAUAUUUCUCCUAUAGUGGGGAACUUGUACGAUGAUGUGGACUGCCGCUAUCAGCGUGCGACUAGCUAUCCCACAAGCGAUUCCGUUCUUGCAUAUGAUUUACUGUGCGUUAUGACCAGCGAUGAACAUUCACGAACAACGACCGAACAAGUUGCAUGCAUGUCCUUGUUGUGCCUGAGAACGGGACUAUUAAUGAUAAUGUGAUAUACUGAUGUAUUUAUGACUCGACGACCUGUCUACCUUUUUCCGUGCUCUUUUCUGUUGCUUCUUUCCUGUCUUUUUUGCUUUUAUGUGUCAAUGAUCUCAUGUGGUGGUCAGCCAUGGCGGGACUUAUGAGCGUUAUGAUUUGAUUUGGUUGGCUUGCUUUUUGUACCUAGAUAUCCUCGAUAGUACUAUCCCUUGAUGGCAAUUUGCCCUUUGAACUGAG